GUUGAAGCAACAACAAGGACCCUAGGAAUUUCAUCUUCUUCAGUUAUCCCUAUUUUCUCGUUGGUUUGCACAAAUUGUUUACUGAUGACGAGUGAUCGAUUUUGGCGCGGCGGUAACCGCGUUGAGGUGGAACGACUUGUUUCCGGCGCGACGGCGUAUUUUCCAGCGACUGUGGUUAACGCGCCUUCGGUGAGAAAGAAACACGUUUGGGUGGAGCAUGAAUCCCUAACUGUUGGAGGUUCCGUUUCCAUACGUAUGAAGGAGUACGUUAUUCCCACGCGCCUCCGUCCAUCUCCGCCGUGUGAGCUCAACAGACGGUUCAAAGCUGACGAUGAGGUCGAUGUCUUCAGAGAUAGCGAAGGUUGCUGGGUUAGAGGCAGUGUUACGACAGUACUUGAAGAGUCAAGGUACAUUGUGGAGUUUAAAGGGAGAAAUCGUCCAGAAAUAGAGGUUGAUCAGUUCGAUUUGAGGCUUCAUCGUGAAUGGCAAGAUGGUGCGUGGGUUCCUUCUCUUCUCCAACAGAGCAAUUUCCUGGAAUCGAAAGCCCAAAGUAUUAAACUGAAGAUAAAGAUCAAGAGAAGAGAUCAAUAUGAGAAGGGAGCUCUUGUGGAAGUCAGAAGUGAAGAAAAAGCUUACGAGGGUUCUUGGUAUUGUGCACGUAUACUUUGUUUAUUAGGUGAUGAUCAAUACAUUGUUGAACACUUGAAAUUUAGUAGAGAUGAUGGUGAGUCGAUCCCUCUGAGAGAUGUGGUAGAAGCCAAUAACAUGAGACCAGUUCCUCCUUCAGAACUUCCGCCUGUUGUGUGCUAUGAACCAGGGGUUAUAGUUGAUGCUUGGUUCAACAAACGGUGGUGGAUCGGUAGGGUUUCCAAAGUCCUAGGAGGAGGUUCUAAGUAUUCAGUUUUUAUCAUCUCAACAGGUGAAGAACCGACAAUCCUAAAUUUCAACUUAAGGCCCCACAAAGAUUGGAUCAAUGGACAAUGGGUUAAUCCUUCCAAGGAAGAAUGCUACAAACCUCCAUUGAAGAAGCUGAAAUCUUGUGAGAGAGCAGAGAAGGUAUUUAACAAUGGAAUGAUGGUGGAAGUUAGAAGCGACGAACGAGGUUACGAAGGCUCAUGGUUCUCUGCGAAGAUCGUAAGUUACUUAGGGGGAAACAGAUACACAGUGGAGUAUCAAACACUGAAAACAGACGAUGAAAGAGAGUUGUUGAAGGAAGAAGCAAGAGGUUCAGAUAUAAGACCUAUUCCUCCUCCACUGAUUCCAAAGGCGUAUCGAUAUGAAUUGGAUGAAGAUGUGGAUGCUUGGUAUAAUGAAGGAUGGUGGUCUGGUCGAGUAUAUAAGAUAAACAACAACUACACGAGAUAUGGUGUCUACUUCAAAACGACUGAUGAGAGAUUGGAGUUUGCUUACAAUCAUCUUAGGCCUUGCCAAGUGUGGAGAAACGGAAAAUGGAGUCGGAGCAUGAGUUCUUCUAUAGUGUCACAGUUACAGGCUCUCAAGUCAGUGUUACAAGCCGAUACAGAGCCUUCGAAGAGACCCUUCACACGCCCUUCAAUUCUCUUCAGUCCUAAAGAAGCAGCUGAUUUCGAUAUUGAAUCCAUCUACGAGCUCGGGCUCAAAGGUCUAGAAGUACUUGGAAACAAAGAUGAGAGGUUUAAGAAUUACAUGAACGACUUGUUUAGUCAUAAAAGUAGAGAAAUUGAUAGGGAAUUGCUGGGUAAAGAAGAAAAUGCUCGGAUUGAUGCAUCAAUCAGUUCGUAUCUACGUUUACUCUCGGGCUAUCUUCAAUUCCGUGCUUCUUUGGAGACCCUUGAGUAUCUUAUACGAAGAUACAAGAUUCAUAUAUACAACGUAGAAGAUGUGGUUCUAUGCGCUUUGCCAUACCACGACACACAUGCCUUUGUCCGCAUUGUUCAGCUACUUUCAACCGGCAAUAGCAAGUGGAAAUUUCUGGAUGGUGUUAAAAAUUCAGGUGCUCCACCUCCUAGAUCGGUUAUCGUUCAGCAAUGUAUACGUGAUCUGGAAGUUUUGGAGACCUUGUGUGACUAUGCAUCUCGGACUAAGAAGUAUCAGCCUUCAAAACCUGUGGUUAGCUUCUCCACAGCAGUUGUUGUUGGGGUUCUAGGUUCAGUUCCAACUGUUGAUGGAGAUAUUGUAAAGAGGAUUUUGCCAUUUGUGGACUCUGGUCUUCAAUCCGGUGUGAAAGGAUGUUUAGAUCAACAGGCUGGAGCGUUAAUGGUUGUUGGCAUGUUGGCAAACAGAGCCAUGCUCAAUAGUAAUCUUAUCAAGCGCUUUAUGAGGUCCAUCAUUGACACUGCUCGUGAACAUGCCAAAGAAUCUUCUGACCCCCAUUCACUUCGGUUGUCAUUUAUGGCAUUGAUAAAUUUUGUUCAGCUGCAAUCUGUGGACUUGAUCCCAAGGAAAGCAUUGGAUCUUCUCAACGAAAUAAGAGAUAUUUCUGGUGUUCUUUUGGGCUUGUCCAAAGAGUUCAACAUCAAAAGAUUCCUGGCAGUGCUACUGGAUUCCUUGCUUCUUUACAGUUCGUCUGAUGAUCAAUGCUGCGAAGCUUUAGCUUCAAUAAUUGAGGCUGUUCCAGUAAACAAUUUGGUUGAUCAUUUGAUCUCCAAGGUUUUCUCUUUAUGUAUGACACAAUACCAGAAGAACAGUGAUUUUAGAUCUUCUACAUCUGGGAGCUGGGCCAAGAAAAUUUUGGUUGUUGUAAGCAAGAAGUAUCCUGCUGAACUACGUGCAGCGGUUUCUAAAUUUCUAGAGGCUACUGAAGGUCAGUCAAAGAAAGAGGAUUUAAAGCUAGAGAUGUUGUCUUGUAUGCUGGAUGGGAAUUCAGACAUGUCCAAUCCGUUCGUGGAUUCAAAAUUGUGGUUCCGGCUCCACCAUCCCAGGGCUGCUGUACGUUGUGCCGCGCUGUCUAGUCUAAAUGGUGUUCUCAAGGAUGAUAGCUCUAAAGCAGAGAACCUUGUCACAAUUCAGGAUGCUAUACUGCGUCAGCUUUGGGAUGAUGAUCUGGCUGUUGUUCAGGCUGCCCUGUCCUUUGAUAAGUUGCCCAAUAUAGUAACCUCUUCUGGUCUUCUGGAUGCUUUGCUUCAUGUGGUGAAACGAUGUGUUGGCAUUCUCCUAUCAGGAGUAUCACAUAAUGUUCAACUGGCAAAUGAUGUUGUUGCUUUGUCUCUUAAAAUUGCUGUCUCAAGCUUCUGUAAUCAAGCAGAUUCUACUGAGAAAGUUACCUCUGCAAUGUUCCCAUUUCUCUUAAUUCAACCGAAGUCGUGGAAUUUAAAUCUACAUGUGCUAAAGUUGGGGAAGGAUGUUAACUGGCCACUUUUCAAGAAUCUUGCUGCUGAUGCUGAGAUGAAAAAGCUCCCAGAUAUCAUGUCUACAAACUUAUCCUCGAUUAGCAUGGAUAUUAUAAACAAUUUGGGGGAAGCACUUUCCUUGGAUCCUGAUGAGCGUAGGAUUGAGCUUAUUGAGAGUGCCUGCAACUUUAAGCUCUCUGAAGUCUUGAAAACAUGCAGCAAUAUCAAAUUGACAGAACAGGAACGUAACAAGUUGCAGAAGGGACUACUGAUCCGUGAAAGUGUAUCCACAUUGAACAUGGAUAUCAUUAACAAGCUGGUGGAAGCAUUUAUGAUGCACCCUGCUGAUUAUAUUCAGUGGCUUACUGUCAGUUGCCGAGAUUUCACCUUGUCAAAGACACUAUUUUAUAUGCUGUUGAUGCAUUCACUGCAGAAGAUGAAUUCUUCAUCUGACCCUAGUCAAUUUUUGGAUCUCUUCGAACUUUGCUUUCCCGUUUUGAAGACUGAGUGGGAAGAACUUGAGGUCGAAGUUGAUGUUUCUCUGAAAGAGCUAUUGAAAAGCAAUUGCCAAGAACUCCUAUAUCAACUUCUUGAUACCUCUGAUUUUACUGCUCUGAAUUCAAAGCUUUUGAUCUGCUUGUUUUGGAAGUUGGGCGAGUCAUUCAUUACACUUGAACCCUCCCAAGAUACUUCGGUGGGUGAUGCUCAACAUGAUCUGGUUUUUAACAAAAGGUUGUGUAGCGGACUUGAGGACUUGUUUUUCUUUUUUGCAACAACUCGGUCACGGCAUGUCUUCAAGGAGCACCUUCAUUACCAUGUGAGAGAAGCCAAAGUCUGUCCCGUUUUGUUUCUAUCCCGACUGAUCUCACGAGAAGAUGUUCCUCCUGUUGUCCAAAUUGAAAGUCUCAAAUGUUUUUCGUAUCUUUGCUCUUGCGGGAAUAAUGAAUGGUUGAUUCGAAUUUUCUCAAGCUUUCCUGUACUUUUGGUUCCCAUGUCGAGUGCUAAUCAGGACCUUAAAGUAGCUGCCAUGAAUUGUAUCGAGGCACUCUUCAAUCUUCGGUGUCGUGUCGACUUUAGCAAAAAAAAUGGCAGUGCUGCAAUCUGUGGUAGUUCUAUUGAUGAACUUUUGGGAAUGAUCGUGCAACAAAGGAGGCUUAUAUUGUCGGACAAUAAGUUUCUCCCAUCCUACUUGACAUCGUUGCUCAGUUCAACCAGUAAUGACCUUCUAGUGCCAGUUGACCUGCAAAAAAGGUUUGAUCAAUCCACAAAAGAAAACAUUCUUUCGGUCAUUUUAUUGUGUGCGAAAGAUCUACCUGCUUAUGGGAAGCUAAGGGUCCUAUCUUUGCUAAAAGAUCUGGGCAUCAUGCUUCUGCGUGAUGAAAUUGUUAAGUUAUUGUCUCAACUUCUCGAUAAACGUAGUCAAGACUACUUAAAACUGGACAAAACUUCACAGCCAAUGUCAGACACUGAGGUCGAUUUAUUAUGCCUUCUUCUGGAGUGCUCCAUGAUGCGUUCAGCAUCGUUUAAAGGGCAGUCUCUGGAUGAUCAUAUACUGAGCGCAUUGAAAGUGGAUUGUAUGGCAUCAGAACGUCCUGCUAUUAUUUCUCCUUGUCUUACCAUUUUGGAGAAGCUAAGCAAUCAAUUUUAUGUUGGACUGAAGACUGAGGUUCAGAUUCGUUUCUUCCAUAUACUGGUGUCUAUGUUUCGAAGUUCAAAUGGCAGUAUACAAAAUGGUGCCAAAGAAGCUGUCUUACGCCUCAAGAUUUCUUCUUCAACGGUGGUCCAUGCUCUUGAUCAUAUCACUCAGCAGGAUACUCUUGGUUCUUUGAGCAAGAAGAAGAAACAGAAGAAAAAUUCAAAGUCAUCUCGAGAAGAAGACAUAAAUAGCGGGGAAUUUCUAAGCGGAGAAAAGGCUCUCUCUUUCAUUGCUGCGUUACUUGACAUGCUACUUCUAAAGAAAGAUCUAGCUCACAGGGAGUCCCUCGUAAGGCCCUUGUUUAAGCUCCUAGAAAGAUCCAUGUCUAAAGAAUGGGUAAACAUUGCUUCUUCCGUUGAGGAAACAUCAGUCCAACCUCCACAGGAUGUUCGUGAAACAACUCCUGCCUCUAUUUCUUCCAUCCAACAGACAUUGCUCUUAAUCCUGAAAGAUAUUUUUGAUUCUCUGAAUAUGAAUCCUUUGAAGGCUGAAAUAGCAAAUGAAAUCAAUGUCAAAAUGCUGGUUGAGUUGGCUCAUUCAUCAAAUGAUGGAGUCACACGGAACCAUAUCUUCUCCUUGUUCACUGCAAUUGUUAAAUUUGUCCCUGAUAGAGUUUUGGACCAUAUUAUCAGCAUACUUACACUUGUUGGUGAAUCAACUGUGACACAGAUUGAUAGCCACUCGAAGUCUAUCUUUGAGGGGUUUAUAUCAGUGGUCAUUCCAUUUUGGCUGUCCAAGACUAAGAGUGAGGAGCAGUUGCUGCUGAUUUUUGUGAAAGUGUUGCCUGAUAUUGUUGAGCAUAGAAGGCGUUCAAUUGUAGCUUACUUGCUGGGAGUUAUCGGUGAACGAAAUGGCUUGCCUACUUUGCUUGUCCUCUUAUUCCAGUCUUUGAUUUCAAGGAAAGGGUCAGCUUGGCUUGGUAAUGCCAAGGCUUCUGAAAGUCUUGCUUCUGUUGUUAAGAGAGAAUGGGAGUAUGCUUUUGCCGUGGAAAUAUGUGAACAAUAUUCUUCUUCAACAUGGCUCUCAUCUCUGGUCAUGCUUCUUCAAACUAUCAGCAAAGACAGCAAACAGUGUUUCUUACAGAUGCGGAUUGUCUUAGAAUUUAUAUUCCAGAAGUUGCAAGACCCGGAAUUUGCAUUUGCAGUAUCACUUGAACCAAGAAAUAAUGUUUCUGUGGGCAUCCAGCAAGAACUACAGGAGCUUAUGAAGGGUUGUAUAUCUCUCCUGCAAGCUGUUGAUGCGAAAAAGGAGAAAGAUGUGACUUCUGCAGUUAGAAAUGAAAUCAGAAUGCGUAUACAUGAUGUCUUAAUGACUGUCACGGGAGCCAUGGAUCUGUCUAUAUAUUUCAAGGUUGUUACUAACUUGCUUCAGCAGCAGUCGGAUCGUAAUGGGACGAAAAAGGUACUUGGACUUAUAAGUGAGAGAGCUAAGGACACCUCUUCUUCUAAACUGAAACACAAGCGGAAGAUUUCCAAUCAAAAAGCAAGAAAUCCUUGGUUGAACUUGGAUGAGGUUGCUGUUGAUUCUUUCGGGAAGAUGUGUGAGGAGAUUGUCCAUCUAAUUGAUGAGACAGAUGAUGAGUCAGGUGUUCCAGCUAAACGAGCGGCCAUUUCUACACUGGAAGUUUUGGCUGGCAGGUUUCCGUCUGGUCACCCAAUCUUCAGCAAAUGCCUUGCAUCUGUUGCAGAAGGCAUCAGCUCAAAGAAUUUGGGAAUUUCGUCAAGUUGUCUUCGCACAACCUGGUUUCCUAAUCCUCAUCUUGGAGAUAUUAUGAAAGUCAUGGUGCUGCAUCCUGAAUAUGUUUCUGACUUCGACAAGAAUCUCAAGUCCAAAGCCAAUACAAUUAGGAGGCUCCUUACUGAUAAGAUACCUGUUCGUCUUACUCUGCAACCUCUUCUACGAAUAUACGAUGAGGCUGUUAGUUCUGGGAAUGCAAGCUUGGUGAUUGCUUUUGAUAUGUUAGAAAAUCUAGUCGUGAAAAUGGAUAGAUCAUCUAUCGUUAGCAACCAUGGAAAGAUUUUUGAUCAAUGCUUAGUCGCCCUCGAUAUUCGACGUCAAAAUCCAGCAGCUAUUCAGAACAUUGAUGAAGCUGAGAGAAGUGUAACUAACGCAAUGGUUGCUCUCACAAAGAAGCUAACUGAGUCCGAGUUCAGACCUCUCUUUAUUAGGAGUAUUGAUUGGGCAGAGUCCGAUAUUGUAGACGGAUCCGGGAGUGAAAACAAGAACAUCGACCGAGCUAUAUCUUUCUAUGGUCUGGUGAAUAAACUCUGUGAGAGUCACAGGUCCAUCUUUGUACCAUAUUUCAAAUACGUGCUCGAUGGUAUUGUAUCACAUCUCACUAGUGCCGAAGCUUCGGUUUCAACCAGGAAGAAAAAGAAGGCCAAAAUUCAGGAAACGUCUGACACUAUAUCACCAAAAAGCUGGCAUCUUAGGGCACUGGUGAUUUCUUCCUUGAAGAAUUGUUUUCUGCAUGAUACCGGCAGCUUGAAGUUUCUGGAUACAAAUAACUUCCAGGUGCUACUUAAGCCUAUUGUAUCACAGCUUGUUGUUGAACCUCCAUCUUCUUUAAAGGAGCAUCAACAUGUACCAUCUGUGGAUGAGGUUGACGAAUUAUUGGUUUCAUGCAUCGGUCAAAUGGCAGUAGCCUCAGGCUCUGACCUCCUCUGGAAACCGCUGAACCAUGAGGUGCUAAUGCAAACGAGGAGUGAGAAUCUACGGUCAAGGAUAUUGAGUUUGAGAAGUGUGAAACAGAUGCUGGAUAAUCUGAAAGAAGAGUAUCUUGUGUUGCUUGCUGAAACCAUUCCAUUCUUAGGUGAGCUACUCGAAGACGUCGAGCUAUCUGUUAAAUCUUUGGCUCAAGAUAUUAUCAAACAGAUGGAAGAGAUGAGCGGUGAAAGUCUGACGCAAUACCUCUGAAACACUUGAAUACUACGAAACCGUUGAUUCCCAAUUUUGAUUCUUUUUUUGUCUUGUCUUGGUAGUAAAUAACUAGAUAUGAAAUACAACUUUCUGAAGUUAGGGUUUUUGAGAUCGCUUGUAAUGACUUUAGAAUAGAUAAGUUUAUGUGGC